AUGGAGUGCCUUCUAAUGCUUGUGUCCUUCUCCGCCGAAUCCGAGCGCGGAGGCGGCCACGUGCGCGGAGACACAGCGGCCAGGUCCCAGGUUCUCAGAAGCCCGUCUCGGUCCCGGGGCAAGGACAACAAAAUGACCCGACCACGGGACAGCCCGACCCCAAACGGCCCAGCUCCUCCUCGGUGGCUGCCGGCCAGCUCCUCCAGGAUUAUUUACAUUUUCUUGCUCUUCCUCUGUCCACUACGGAACAAUCUCACACUUCACAUCUACCCUCAGGAGCUGAGUCGAACUCGGCGAAGUUCUUCUCCAAGGGCAAGUGGAAGGGCAGCGAAGCGGGAGAGGUCUUUACGAGCGUGGGGUGGGGGGAAGGAGCGGGGGAGGCGGAGGGCGCCCCCUCCUCUGGUCUCCGCGGCCCUCGGGGGCGCCGGGCGGGCGGGUCCGGGGAAGGAGGGGAGCGCCCCCAGGCGCCGGGGCCGGCCGCAGCCAUCUUGCCCGCGAGCCGCACCUCGCAGGUCGGGCGGGCGGGCAAGCGAGCGAGCGGGCGGGGCGGUUAGGGGCGCCGCCCCGGGGCCCCGCCCCGCCGGCGACUCUCCGGAGCGCGCCGCGGGCGCACUGCACCGACGCACAGACAGCGGGGAGAGCAGCCGUUCUCUGCGGGAGCCGCGGGUCGGGAAAACCGUUUCAGCUGCUGCUGGAGAGUGUGUUUGCAGGAGUCUGAGAAAGACCCAUCAGGAACCGAAAAUGCCGAAACCAAUCAACGUCCGAGUUACCACCAUGGAUGCGGAGCUGGAGUUCGCCAUCCAGCCAAAUACAACAGGAAAACAGCUUUUCGAUCAGGUGGUUAAGACCAUCGGCCUUCGAGAAGUGUGGUACUUUGGCCUCCAGUAUGUGGAUAAUAAAGGAUUUCCUACCUGGUUGAAACUUGAUAAAAAGGUGUCCGCGCAGGAGGUCAGAAAGGAGAACCCUCUGCAGUUCAAGUUCCGGGCCAAGUUCUACCCCGAAGACGUGUCCGAGGAGCUCAUCCAGGACAUCACACAGAAGCUUUUCUUCCUGCAAGUGAAGGAGGGGAUUCUCAGUGAUGAGAUUUACUGCCCGCCCGAGACGGCGGUGCUCCUGGGCUCCUACGCUGUGCAGGCCAAGUUCGGAGACUACAGCAAGGACCCGCACAAGUCCGGGUACCUCGGCUCCGAGCGGCUGAUCCCCCAAAGGGUCAUGGACCAGCACAAGCUCACCAGGGGCCAGUGGGAGGAGCGGAUCCAGGUGUGGCACGCCGAGCACCGCGGGAUGCUCAAAGACAGUGCUAUGUUGGAGUAUCUGAAGAUUGCCCAGGACCUGGAAAUGUAUGGGAUCAACUAUUUUGAGAUAAAAAAUAAGAAAGGAACAGACCUCUGGCUUGGAGUUGAUGCCCUUGGACUAAAUAUUUAUGAGAAAGAUGAUAAGUUGACCCCAAAGAUUGGCUUUCCAUGGAGUGAAAUCAGGAACAUCUCUUUCAAUGACAAAAAGUUUGUCAUUAAGCCCAUCGACAAGAAGGCUCCCGACUUCGUGUUCUAUGCCCCCCGCCUGCGAAUUAACAAGCGGAUCCUGCAGCUGUGCAUGGGGAACCACGAGCUGUACAUGCGCCGCAGGAAGCCCGACACCAUCGAGGUGCAGCAGAUGAAGGCCCAGGCCCGGGAGGAGAGGCACCAGAAGCAGCUGGAGCGGCAGCAGUUGGAAACCGAGAAGAAAAGGAGAGAAACCGUGGAGAGAGAGAAAGAGCAGGUGACGCGUGAGAAGGAGGAGCUGAUGCUCAGGCUUCAGGACUACGAGGAGAAAACCAGGAGAGCCGAGAAAGAGCUCUCGGACCAGAUCCAGCGAGCACUAAAGCUGGAGGAGGAGAGGAAGCGGGCGCAGGAGGAGGCCGAGCGCCUGGAGGCCGAGCGCCUGGCCGCGCUGCACGCCAAGGACGAGCUGGAGAGGCAGGCGGCGGAUCAGAUCAAGAGCCAGGAGCAGCUGGCCACGGAACUCGCCGAGUACACGGCCAAGAUCGCCCUCCUGGAGGAGGCGCGGCGGCGCAAGGAGGACGAGGUGGAGGAGUGGCAGCUCCGGGCCAAAGAAGCCCAGGAUGAUCUGGUAAAGACCAAGGAGGAGCUGCACCUGGUGAUGACCACGCCCCCGCCGCCUCCGCCCCCCGUGUACGAGCCCGUCAACUACCACGUCCAGGAGAACCCGCAGGAGGAGGGCACGGAGUACACGGGCUACAGCGCCGAGCUGUCCAGCGAGGGCAUCCUGGACGACCGCAACGAGGAGAAGCGCGUCACCGAGGCCGAGAAGAACGAGCGCGUGCAGCGGCAGCUGAGGACCCUGACCAGCGAGCUGUCCCAGGCCAGAGACGAGAACAAGCGGACCCACAACGACAUCAUCCACAACGAGAACGUGAGGCAAGGCCGGGACAAGUACAAGACGCUGCGUCAGAUCCGCCAGGGCAACACCAAGCAGCGCAUCGACGAGUUCGAGGCCAUGUGAAGGGCGCCG